AUGACUGUCGAUGAGGGGAGUGACGUUGUCGUGCCAACAAUCGCCCCGAGUCAAUGGUGGCUGUGGGCAGUAGCUGUGAUGCCGGAAGCGAUGAUGCCAAUGCACCAAUGGCACUUGCCAGUGCGACAAGUGGAAAGUACGGCAUUGCCAGCAUUGCAGACUGCUGAACUACCACUCGUGAGAGAAGUCGCAGAGGGGGAAAUUUCCAAGCUCAAAGCAAGAUCGGUUCCUGUCGAUCGAUUCCAUCCUUGGACAAGCGAACGGGUCGGCUAUCGCGAACGCGAGCAGGGAGUUUGA